AUGUCAACUGAUCAUCCACAUGUUAAUCGUCAAAACGAUGUCACGCCAGAGGAGGCCAUCAAACCCCCUAGUACCUUUGGGAACUUCCCUUUGGAUGAAGCGGUGUUAGAGAAACUCCCGAUUCCCGGCACGAGAGUCAUCUCCUCUCUGGUCUAUGGCAUGUCAUUGUGGGGUCGCUGCUCCAAGAUCCUCGCCGAACUACCCAAUGGCACAACAGCGAAAUACUUCCUCAAGGUCGCGACGGGCCUUAAUGCUCCCAUAAUGUGCGAGGGCGAGUUUGAGUCCUUGAAUGCUAUCAACAACACCUUACCGUCAAUGGCACCCAAGCCCUUGGCCUGGGGUAAGUAUAAAAAUGAAGAAUCAUACUUUAUGCUUGCUGAGUUCCGUGAGGUGGGCGAGCAACCGCCCGACCCUGUCAAGUUCACCUCGCGGCUAGCGGAGUUGCACAAGAAAUCCGUCUCGCCUACUGGCCGCUUCGGAUUCCACACGACUACUUGUCAUGGAACUGUUACGCAGGUCACGGAUGUGUGGGAAGAGUCUUGGGCGACCCUAUACCGAAAACAGCUGGCUCACAUGCUCGCCAUAGAUCUGGGAGAAAACGGUCCCUGGGCUGAAUUUGAGCAGUUGUCCGAUUUGACGCUCAACAAGGUCAUUCCGCGGCUCUUAAACCCCUUGCAGAGUGAGGGCCGUAGUAUCAAGCCGUGUCUUCUCCACGGGGACUGCUGGGAUAUGAAUACAGCGACCGACAUGGAGACUGGGGAGCCAUUUGUGUUUGAUGCUGGGUCAUUUUAUGGCCACAAUGAGUACGACGUCGGGGAUUGGAGAGCUCCGCGGCAUCGCCUGAGUAGCAAGGUAUACGUACAUAGCUACAAGCGCCAUUUCACCGUCUCGGAACCAGUGGAUGAUUGGGAUGGCAGAAAUCUUCUCUAUUCUCUUCGUUUUAAUAUUGGAACAGCCAUUCUGAUCCCUGGAUGCAAUCAACGGGAGGUGGUGUACGAGGAUAUGAAGGAGCUUUGCAGUAAGUACUGUCCAGAUGAUUACGGCAAGCUUGCGCAAAGCGCGAAUCAGCCUGCAUCAGAAAAUGUAGGGAGGGAAGAGGAAUGA